UUACUUUGUGUUCGGUAUCCUGCCGCUGCGAGCGCUGCUGGACAGAUGGCAGCGCGCGCUAAUCUCCUUAGCAGUGCGCGCCGCGUGUUGUGAAUGAGAGCGCGUGAGACAGAAGAAGAAGAAGAAACGGGAGCUUUGUCAAGUUCACCUGAGCUGUCGUCAUUUCUGUGUUGAACAAAAAUACUUCCAGUCAUGUUGGGGGAGGACUACUUUUUCUCCGCAAGCCGUGUGUGUUGUUGUUGCUGACAGACAGACAGACAGACAGGCAGACAGGUGUGUGGACACACAGGUAGCUGCUUCUGUUCGCCUCGUGCCAGAGCAACAAGUUGUUUGUUGUCGCUACACUUGUGAUGGGGAUAGAGCUCUGUGCUGGGAGUCCACCACGACAGAUUGUGAAAUCCUACCUAUCAUGUGAAGGCUUUGGUAGUGGUUUGUGUGUGGGUGUGGGUGUGUGGGACGGAGACAGUGUAACGGAGAGCUAAGCUUCGUAGCUUCACCCCAGGGGCACUGGCCUGGAAAAAAUGGCCCUGUAACCCUGGAACCAUGAAACCAUGACAGUCAUCACUUAUUCAAACGCUGCUGGAGGGCUUCAGGAAGAAAUCCAGGUUCUUGAACAUCCCUUCGCCUCCAGAAAUGUUCCACAACCCCUGUUUGAGAUUCUAGAACCGUGGACCAUGCUGGAACCUGCAGAGAGUCCGAUUGCUGAAUGUUGUGGGGUCAAAGGCCUGAGAUGGACAGAAGAGGAGGAAAACCGGAAAACUGAGGGAGGAGCGAAGAGAGGAAAUUUGCGAUGGAGAAAACAAACAUGGGGCAGAGGAGUCAACAGAGAGAAGAUGGCAGGAGGAAGAGAGGAGCUAUGUAAUACAUGGAAUAAUGGCAAGUUUGAAAUUAGAACAAAUCUACAAGGAAGUGGAAAAAACGGGGCAAAAGGGAAGAACAAGACAAAUGUCUCUGGAAUGUUGUCAGUUACAGAAAGAAAAGGUGAAAUCCUGCAAAUGAGGACAAUGAUGAGGAAAAAGAAGUGCUGGCCUGACUUUCUGUGGCUGUUGCCCCAAAAAAACAUCAAUGAAGAAAAGGUGAAGAGGAAGAUGAGCAUUAGUAGCUUCCUCUGGUUACCUCUCCUCUUCCUCAGCCUCUGCCCAACACCUGCUUCAUCACAGGGACAUUUUCCACGGAUGGAGAAUGUUGCUGCCUUCAAACCAGUGUCCACGUCUCCGCCUCGCUCCACCUGUGGCUUUCCAGAGCGGAGCAGCUACUGUCAAUCACCUUCCUCACCGACUGAACUACUGACAUGUUAUCAAGCCUUCUGUGUGCAGGAGUGUCCCUAUAGAUCCUCCACACCGCCGUAUGCCCCACUGCUGCUAGCCGCACACAGGGGUACCUGUGUAUCUGAAGAGACUAAUGACUCUCGUCCUGGGGCUCAGAAAGAUACCGGAACCACGACCAGUUCAGAUGGGGUCUCUGGUGGAUCUUUUAGUUUGCUGUUUCGGCCAGGCCAGGAUGGAUGUCUGGUCUCUCCCCCUUCACAGACACUUGGAGCACUGGGUUCCCUCACGUUGGCAUUGUGGAUUAAACCAAGCUCCACUGGAGAGAUGAUGCUGCUGGAGAAGAGUUUAGGGGGGCGGUUGGUUUUUUCCCUCAUGGUGUCUGGGCAGGAAGUCAUGCUGCGGUACAGUCCGUCCAACAGUCAGACUCGUCUGUCCAUCAGCUUCAGAACAGAGGGCAGGCUGGGGCUGGACGAGUGGACACAUCUUGUUUUGCAAAUCCAUGACAGACGUGUGAGUCUUUUCCUGGAUGGGCUUGAAGAGGACGGGACACCGUUUGACACACAACUUCUGACCACCAGGCUCUCUGAUAUCGGCGAGGAUGGUGCCAUGUGGGUGGGACUCAGCUCCAACGGGUCUAAUCAGUUCAUUGGGUGGAUGCAGGACUUUAGAUUUUAUCCUGCCACUUUGACCAACAGGGAAAUAGUAGAGUUGUACUCAGGAGUUCUGCCUGAGCUCCAUGUCCAGCCUGAGUGUCGCUGUCCUCCGAGUCACCCUAGAGUGCACCCUCUAGUUGAGAGAUAUUGCAUUCCCAAUGCUGUCGAGGACACCACCAAUGACAGAGUCCUCAGACUGAACCUUAACGCCCAUCCACUCAGUUAUAUCAAUGAUCAGGACAUGGGCACCACAUGGCUGUCUAAGAUCAUGACUACACAGGAGCUGGAUGAAGGAGUCACUAUUACAGUGGAUUUGGCAAAUGGACAAUACCAGGUAUUCUAUGUUAUAGUUCAGUUUGGUGGCCUCAUGCCUGAGUCAGUUCUGAUCCAGAGAAGGAAGCUUGACCCCACAGAGCCUGAGAGUGGCACCACCACAAAACAGCCGUGGUUGGACUGGCAGUAUAUGGCCAGAAACUGCAAUGUGUUUGAAAUGCAGAACAAUGGACAGUUACAAAGACCAAACUCAAUCAACUGUCUACAGCUGCCCAGUGAUGUGUCCUUUUCUGGAGGUAACAUCACAUUCAGCCUGCUGAGCGCACAGCCAGUCAGGAGGCCGGGUUAUAAUGACUUCUACAACACCCCGGCCCUGCAGGAGAUGGUACAAGCUGCCCAGGUCAGGAUACAUAUGAGCAGACAGUACCACACCAGAGCAGGUGGGGUCAACCAGCGACACAGAUACUUUGCCAUCAACGAGAUCACCAUCAGUGGCAGAUGUGAGUGUCACGGACAUGCAGACCACUGUGAUACCAGUGUGACACCAUACCGCUGUCUGUGUCUGCCGGAGAGCCACACAAUGGGAAACAACUGCCAGCGCUGUGCUUCGCUUUACAAUGACAAACCAUUUAGGCCUGGUGAUCAACUCCUACCUAUGAACUGCAGACCUUGUCAGUGCCAUGGCCACGCCCUCUCCUGCCAUUACGAUGUUCUAGCUGAUGACCAACCAGAUGAGCACUAUCGAGGAGGGGGAGGCAUCUGUGACAACUGUAUUCACAACACCACAGGUAAGAACUGUGAACUGUGUAUAAGUGGGUUUUUCAGGCUGGAGGACUCUGAUCCCACUUCAGUUGAUGUGUGUCAGCCCUGUAACUGUCACGCUGCUGGAACGGUCAACGGCAGUAUGGAGUGUGCUCAGAUAGGAGGUCAGUGUCAGUGUAAGGCUGGAGUAACGGGUCGUCGCUGUGCAGACUGUUUGCCUGAUUGGUAUGGUCUUAAAGUUUCAAAUCCAAAUGGCUGCAUUUCCUGUAACUGCACUGACAUGGGCAUUAUCAGCAGCUCAACAGGAGAAGUUCCCAGUUGCAACCAUGACACGGGGCAGUGCCAGUGUAAACCGCAUGUCACAGGUCUUUCAUGUGACCGCUGUGAGUUUGGUUAUUGGAACUUCUCCCACCCAGACGGCUGCGUCCCAUGCGACUGUGACCCCUCGGGGUCCCUCAGUCCGUUCUGUGAGCCUGAAGGGGGUCAGUGUGAGUGUAAGCCUGGGGUGGGCGGCCAGCGAUGUGACUCAUGCGGCAGCGGCUUGUACGGUUUAAGACCGGAGGGUUUCUGUGCUCCUUGCAACUGCUCACAUGAAGGGACGGUACCUGGGACAGACUGUGAUCCUUACACAGGCCAGUGUGUGUGUAAGGAACAUGUGGAGGGUCGUCGUUGUGACUCUUGCCGUCAUGGUUACCACACCCUGGAGCAUCGAAACUCUCUGGGCUGCCUCCCGUGUGUGUGUGACAUCAGUGGAACUGAGCCAGAUGGUGUAUGUGAUAUGUGGACCGGACAAUGUCCGUGCAAGGACGGGGUGGAGGGAGCUCAGUGCACCAACUGUGCUCACAACUACUAUAACGGAAGUGCAGAACUUCAGAAGAGUUUGUCCCAGGGCUGUGUACCUUGCAUCUGUGACCCCAGAGGAACGGUGGCAGGGUCAGUCUGCGACACCACUACUGGGCAGUGUGUUUGUGUCCCUACACGCUAUGGAAAAGACUGCAGUAGCUGCCGACCUGGUUUCUACCUCUCUCCAGAUCAGACUUUGUGUUUGGAGUGUGACUGCCAUCCAAUGGGAGCAUUGCAGCGUGAUUGUGAGAGCCAGACUGGACAGUGUGUAUGUGCUCAUCCCUCAGUGGGAGGACGACGUUGUGACCAGUGUCGUGAGAUGUUUUUUGGAUUCAACCCUGGUCUGGGCAGAUGCCAUCCUUGUACAUGCGACCCAGUGGGAAGUGUCAAUGGUUCGUGCCAUCCAGACACAGGAGAGUGUGUGUGUAAGCUGCUGGUAACUGGAGACAAGUGUGAUUUAUGUCAUCCUGGAGCGAGUCAUUUGGAUCCUGAGAAUCACUUUGGCUGCAGUAAAGCACCGUCCCAGCAACCUGCACCAGUAGGUUUUGCUCUCAGUUUCUCGUCCAUUCGUCUUUCUUGGCAUCCGCCCGACUCCCCAAACUCACACAGACUCAACUACACACUCAUCAGGGAUGAGCGGCCAGUGCAGACCAUCCAAAGACAUUAUCCUUUCAGCCCUGAGUCAUUUGAAGAUGUUGGUUUGUUUCCCUUUACCAGCUACACCUACUGGCUUGUAACCGCUAAUGUAGCUGGUGCAACAAGAAGUGCAUCAGCGUCAUACCAGACUUUAGGUGCACCACCUGAUGCUGACCAGCUCCAUUUAACCCUUGUGGGACGACCGGGUCCUACCAGUGCUAGCUUUAACUGGAGCACACCACGAAAUGAUACAGGGCCAGUGGAAAGGUUUGUGUUAUCCUCCAUGGAGUCAUCUGGCAGAGCAGAAUCCUUCAUCCACUACUCAGGCUUAUCUACUGAGGCUGUGGUGAGCGGUUUGAAGCCCUUCACCAAAUACACUGUCAAACUUGAGGCAUGCUCUUCUGGGGGUUGUACUUCUAGCCUCCCACUGCCUCUGCUGACAGCCCCUGCCCCCCCACAAAACCAGGAUGCUCCCAGAGUCACUGCUACAGGACCUCAUUCACUGCAUGCUUCCUGGGACCCCCCCAGUCAGCCAAAUGGUGUUAUCACAAGGUAUGAGGUCUUUCUGCGUGGACCAGUGGAAUCACAGAACCUUUCCAGUUUUGCUGCUGAGAAGAGAGUGUUCUUCAGCUCCGGUUGGCUGGAUCCAAGUGUUUCUCCAGAAGCAAAGCUAAGCAAUAGAAGCACAGUGUCACCCCCUGAAAGCAGCGCCAUUGUAACGGGUCUGCAGGCAUUUUCAACAUACCAGCUGAGAGUUGUAAGCAUUAGUACUGCAGGAAAUGUCACUUCAGGGUGGACCACAGUGCGCACCAUGGAGGGAGUCCCAGAGUUUAUGGCCUCUCCACAAGUGUCUGCACUGUCGUCUACCAGUCUGAAAGUUACAUGGAGCUCUGCCGAGGGCCAAGGGGUCAUCGCCAGAGGACAAGUCACAGAAUAUCGGGUCAACUUGCUCACUGAACAGACCACCAAUCCUUAUGCUCCUCCUGUUGUUAAUCAGGUCUUGCAUAGGGUGGGACCAUUGUCACAGCCUGUUUUUAUAGUUAAAGGGUUGAAGUCGUACCAUGUGUACAACUUCACUGUCACACUCUGCACAAAAACAGGCUGCAUUACCAGUCUGCAAAGCACAGGACGGACCCUAGCAGCAGCACCAACAGGACUGUCAUCACCUGGAUUACACCCAGUAAAUGAAACCACCAUUCAGAUAGACUGGGACCCUCCAGCUCAACUCAAUGGUCCACACCCUCUGUAUCAGGUGGAAAGGACAGAUGUCUCUCUCUCUGACCCACAAAGUCCUGUUGUCAGAGGCACCAGAUUCCCAGGAAACAGUUACUACCGAUUUCCCAGUGACUCUCUUCCUGUCAACACUGACUUUACAGGUGUAAAGAUGAGUUUCAAGACUCGGUCCCCAGACGGGCUGCUGCUCUGUACCUUCUCUCCAGGAAAUCAGGAAGAGUUUCUGGCCAUUCAGAUCAAAAAUGGACGUCCUUACUUUUUGUUUGACCCACAGGGCUCAGCAGUGGCUGUGAGUGUGCAGGGUGAUGGAGGGCGCCGCUACAAUGAUGGACAGUGGCACAGCAUCACAGCAACAAGGCGAGGGGCCGUGGGAACAAUCGUUGUAAACGAUCAAUACAGAGGAAGUGCAUCAGCUUCCAGCGGCAGCACCAUUAUCGGUGAGAACACUGGGGUGUUCAUUGGAGGGCUGCCUGAAGAUUUUACUCUACUGAGAGAGGAUUCAGGAGAUGCCCGACUCGUGCGACAGGGCUUCUCUGGUUGCCUGAGAGAUGUGAGUUUUAAGAUGAUUGACAGUCCCUCAGAGGAAUGGCAGUUUCUGGACUGGGGAAAAGCCACCAAGAAGGUAGCAGCGUAUGAAAGCUGGGAGGGAUGUCCUCUUCAAACUGUGGACGGAGCCCAUUUUCUGGGUCAUGGGUACUUGGAGUUGGGUGCAGGUGUAUUCAGCGGAGGACAGGACUUUGACAUUUCUAUGGAUUUCAGAACCGACCAGCUCAGUGCACUUUUGAUCUUUACAUACAACACACAAACAGAAGACUAUAUGCUGGUGGAACUGGAAGCGGGUCUUCUGUCCUUCAUUCUUGCCUCUGAAGGUCAUGUGAUUGAACUCAGCAUGUGGGUGGGACUUGGCUACUGUGAUGGAGACUGGAAACAGUUGUCAUUGGCAAAACGUGGCUCACUCAUCUCCGCUGCCAUUGAUGACUGGGCCGAAGAAACAAGGGGAAUGGGAGGGACAGCAAGGCUGAGAGUUGAUUCACCAUUUUAUUUGGGGGGCGUGCCAACGGUGCUCAUACAUCCUGCACUGGACAGCCGAAGUCACAAACACGGCCUUGGUGGCUGCAUUAAGGGUCUUACCAUACGAAGUGAUGAAAGAAACCCUACUGUCAGUCAAAGUGUGAAUCUAGCCGUUGCCUCACAGAGUUCUGUAAGAGUCUACUUAGAUGGCUGUCCAACCAGUGAAAGCCGUUACAACUGCAGAGGAAAUGAUUCAGUGUUGGUGUAUAAUGGGAGAAAGACUCAAGCCACAGAUUAUAGUCUACAGCCUUUCACUGAGUACCUGUACAGGUUUGUGGCCUUGGGUGCAGGAGGUUGGGCUGCAGGACCUUGGCAGAGAGGACGCAGCCGAGGCAAAGUACCUUCGUCUGUGCCGCCUCCUACCACAGUGCAGAGCUUCAGUGGCUUCAGUGCCAAGGUGAGCUGGGUGCCACCCACUGGUGACAUCAGAGGGCUGAUUGACAGAUACGAGCUGAAGGCUUACAAUAGAGACCAUCUUGAAGCACCGCCUAUCACAGCCACAUACCUGGCUAAUGGAAAUUUCACAGGUGUGCUGUCAGGUCUCACUCCAUCCACUCGAUACAUUGUCACUGUAAGUGCCUGUAGUCCUGUUGGCUGCGCUGAGAGUCUUUAUAAUGACAGCAGUGAUGAUGAUGAUUUAAGAUUGAGUCUCACAACCCCGGAGGAAGCUCCAGAUGCUGUCUCCCCUCCAGCUGCAGUUUCAUCACCCACAGCUCUCUAUGUUACCUGGGAACCUCCAGCAAAGCCCAAUGGAGACGUUACAGAGUACCUCCUCUAUCACAACGACCAAAUGGUCUACAGAGGGAAAAACAGACAACACAACAUCACUGGUCUGGGCGUGUACUCAACCCAUGUCUUUGUGCUGAGUGCAUGCACCUCAGUGGGCUGCACCAACAGUUCACAAGUUACAAUGCUGACCUCUCAGCUUCCUCCUGGGCCUCUACAAGCUCCAAUUCUUACCCUGCUAGACUCUCGGACUGUUUUUGUGGAGUGGUCACGUCCCUCUCAGACAAAUGGCGUUUUCGAGUUUUACUCCAUCUUCUUGUCACAUGACGGUGCAGAGCCUGUGCUAGCCUAUAACAGCUCAGAACUUCUUGAGGACCACACACUCCGCAACCUAACUCCUGGAACAACUUACACCAUCACACUGGCUGCCUGCACAGGAGGUGGGUGUACAUUAAGCCCUCCAAGCCAGGCUCAGACUGAAGAGAGCACCCCAGAGAAUGUUCCUGCACCGCUGGUCAGCCCUUUGUCCCCACAUGCACUCAACGUCAGCUGGACUCCUCCUGACACUCCAAAUGGCAUUAUAACCAGCUAUGGUCUUUGGCUGGAUGGCGUUCUCAUUUUAAACUCCAGUUCCUCUCAGAGGUUUUUCGUGGUGGAGGGACUCUCUCCAUGGAGCCGACACAUUCUCAGGCUUCAGGCCUGUACAGCACAGGGCUGUGGCAAAGGACCAAUGGUGGAGAUGCGCACAUUAGAAAUGGUCCCAGAAGGCCCCAUACUGCUGGAGCUGACCAAUCAGAGCUCUAGAUCACUCCGAGCCCGCUGGACAGCCCCUCCUAGACCAAAUGGGAACCUCAGCUACACACUGUACUGCAAAAGCAAAGAUGGUGAAGGUGUGUUGGAUGGAAGUACAGCAGCAGGUAUCUGGUUGUCUGUGGCUGACCUGCAGCCAUACACUAACUACAGCUUCUGGAUCAGAGGGUGUAACACACAGGGUUGUGUUGAGAGUCUUCCCCUCAGUGUUACUACACCCCCAGCAGCCCCAGAUGGUUUGUCUCCUCCAACUCUGAUCCAUGCAACUAAUACCAGUCUGAAUGUAUCCUGGUCUGCCCCUGCCAACUCCAACGCACCAGGCCCACUUUACUACAGCCUGCAAAUGAGGACAUCCCCACAGAGGCCUGUCAUAAGGCUUAUGGAAAAUGCAACAGACACCUUUUCCUAUUCUGUAGAGGGAUUGUCACCAUACACACAGUACCUGUUUAGAGUGGUGGUUUCACACACACACGGACAAACAGCCGGUCCCUGGGCAACCCUACGCACUGCAGAGGAUAGUCCAGGACCAGUAAACCCUCCAGCUGUAUCAGGACUUCAUUCUCGAAGUGUAUCAGUUACCUGGGUUCCUCCCACACAGCUAAAUGGCAUUAUCACAAAUUAUAUCCUCUGUCUACACCCCAGCUCUGUCACUUCUUUCGAUUAUAAACCCAGCUCAGUCUCUAGCACUAACUUGAACCUCAAACCAAGCUUAGGCCCUGACCUAAACUUGCUGCCCAGCACAGAGGGUGUAUAUCUCAAUUCAGGUCAUAACUUCAGGCCAACAUCCAAGCUUACUACCCCUCAAGGCUCAAGCUACAUCUCCAUGUCUUCUAACCACACAGGCACUAAUAGUGACUCAAGUGCAAUUCAAGAUACUUCACACAAAUUGCUCUCUAACCAUUCCCUCAUCUUGAGGCCUGGUACUGCAGAAGACAACCAAAAUGAGUCCACUAAUGUGAGCAAUGUAAGCCAAGGCCUCAGUUCCAUCUUAUUCCACCCUACUGAACCCAGUAGCACCAGUGGAAGUCCCAGCCUCUCACUGUCAAACCCAGAGUACAGUGCAAUCAGCUACAAUACUGAACAUUUUAUAAAACAAGACCCAAUCCUCAGCCCCACCGGCACCUCUAAUAGUGCAACUUCAAGAUCAACGCCUCUAACAGUCACUGUUCCAGGGAAUACCACAAGCUACACUUUCCUUGAUUUACUUCCCCACCAGACCUACAGCCUACAGGUGGAAGCAUGCACCAGUGUGGGUUGUUCAGUGUCUGGGAGGUCUCAGUAUUUUCGUACCCUGCCAGCUCCCCCUGAAGGGAUCCCUGCACCUCACCUUUACUCUGACACUCCCACCUCUGUUCUCUUAUCCUGGGGUGCACCAGAGUGGAGCAAUGGACCACUGGAACGGUGGUUGAUUGAGCGUAGAGUUGCUGGGACCAAACAAGUCUCCACGGUGGGCCAACUCCUGCCAGAUCCUCCCCCACUUUCUUUCCUGGACUCUUCAUCAGCUCUCAGUCCCUGGACGAGCUACCAGUACCGACUUGUACUCCAUAAUCAGGCUGGCAACACUACGGGGCCCUGGGUCAGUAUUACCACUAGACCUUCUAGACCAGCUGGUCUCAGCCCACCAACAGUGAGAAUCUUGGGACCAGAGUCACUUCAAGUCACAUGGUCACCUCCUCUCAUUCCCAAUGGAGAAAUUCAUGGCUAUGAGCUCCGUCUCCCAGAACCUCGUAUCUCUCAUGAUGCUGAUGAUGCAUCUGAGCUCAGCGUCACCAUAAUGGACCUCAUUCCGUACACGAAUUACAACAUCACUGUGUUGGCAUGUUCAGAGGGUGGAGGACAUGUUGGAGGAUGCACAGAAAGCCUGCCAACUCCAGCUACGACAUUACCCACAAUUCCUGAAGGCCUUGCACCUCUGUCAGUGGUAGCGGUCAGCGAGUCUUUCCUGGCCAUUUCCUGGCAACCACCAAGCAGACCCAAUGGACCGAACAUCAGAUACAAGUUGCUCAGACGUAAAACCCACCAGCCCCUGGCCAUCACCACGGUCCCCACAUUAACAGCCACGUCCCCACCCCCCUCUGAAGAUCUCCAUCGCUGGCUCCAUGUUUACUCCGGCACCAAAUUGUUCUACCAAGAUAAAGGCCUAAGCAGAUUCACCCAGUACCAGUACCAGUUAGUGGUUCAUAAUGACGCUGGCCACUCUUUGGGUGAGACUGUUACUGCGGUGACCAUGGCUGGGGUGCCCCUUCACCCUCCGUCUCUGUCUGCCCACGCUAUCAACCACACUGCUAUACAAGUCAACUGGACACAGCCAUCUUUGCAAGACCUGCAGGGAGAAGUGGAAUCUUACUUUCUCACAGUAGAGUCUCCUCUGCCAAGAGUGAUUUUGGCUUUAGGACCUGAGAUCAAGUCCACAGUGAUAAGUGACCUUUGGCCCAGCACCACAUAUAUGAUGUCACUACAGGUGUCCAACGGAGCCCAUAAUACCACUAAAACAAUAGUUAAUGUCACCACUGCAGAUGGAGCACCAGAGGGGAUGUCGGCCCCAGAGCUGGUUCCAGUAAACAGCAGCACAGCACGUGUUCUCUGGGUCCCUCCUUUUCGACCCAAUGGAGCCGUUACUGGUUACAGCAUCUAUGUUAAUGACCGUUUCCAUGGCAAUGUAGACAACAGCUCAGGGUCAUACCUGCUGGGAGACCUACUGCCGUUUACUGUCUAUGACGUACAGGUGGAGGUGUGCACAGUGUAUGCAUGUGUUCGGAGUAAUGUUACCAAAACAACUACUGUGGAGGACCUUCCUGCUAACUUCGCCACGCCGCAUGUGCAAGUAAUUAGUCCCAGGGUGGUGAGAUUAGAUUGGUCCCAUCCAGGCAAGCCCAGUGGGAUCAUGCUGGGCUAUGAGGUUUUAAGACGGACCCUCAGAUCAUGUGCUGAUGGGUCAACAGGGGGCACAUCAUCCUUGGGGGAAGAGUCAGACAAUGCAGGUGGUUUAAGGUUUAGAUGUUUCUACAUGCAGUGUCCUGUGAGUCAUGGUGUUUGUGGGACAUCCUGCUUCAAUCCUGACAAACAGGUUUGCUGCAGUGGGCUACUGUACACAAAGAAACCACAUCAUCACUGCUGUGAUGACAGUUACUUGAGUUUGAAUAAUUCUUCCCACCCAGUGUGCUGCAAUGGAAAGCUAGUCUCAGCUCUCCCUAACCACCAGUGCUGUGGAGAUUACUAUGUUCAUGUAAAAAACAAUGAAUACUGCUGUCCUGACCACUUGCAGGGCCGGGUCUCGGUGGGGCUGGGUGACAGCUGCUGUGGGGGGGUUCCUUACUCCGUGACAGGCGGCCAGCUCUGCUGUAGUGGGAGCCUCCAUGAUGGCUAUGGGGUCCAAUGCUGUGGAGGCCGGAUUGUAGAUGAUACACUGGUGUGUUGCGGUGAUGCUGAGAGGGGGGAAGUGCAUAAAUAUACUCCAGGUUUUGCCUGCUGUGGUCAGGAGUAUAUAAACUCUUCAACCUCUCUUUGCUGUGUGAGCAAUGAUGGAUAUCCCACAAUGCACCCUGCUGGCAACGCCACAGUGACACUGCAGUGCUGUGGGUCAAAAGUCAUACACCAAGAAGAGGAAUGCUGCAACGGGAUUGGCUUCGAUCCCCGACGACAUGUGUGUGCUGACCGACCCACACCUGGUCUCUUAAUACAGCACCAGUGUUUAAAGGGUGAUGUCUGUCCCAUAGCCGUCGCAUCUACAGCUUACUGUGGCUCCUGUGACCUUGAUCCAUCUACAACUGCCUGCACAUGGGUGUUGUCUGCACAGCCUGACACACAGUCCACAACAUACUCACCAUUCAUCAACCCGAUGCAGGAAACGGUCACUACAGGCCUCUCUACACAUACAAACAGAAGUAAUAACGCUUACAAAAUGCUAGAUACAAACGGUCACACACACGCUGAGAAUAUGCACUUCGAGGGAAGCCUGUGUCCAUCACACGAGGAGGCUGUGUACAGCGGAGACGCCGGCAUAUACACCUUUACAGACUCUGACCUGGAGCCUUUUACCACCUAUGAAUACAGAGUGAGGGGCUGGAACAGCUUCGGUCGGGGCUCCAGCAAUGUUACAACAGUGACAACCAGUGAAGACAAGCCAUGGGGAGUGGCACCGCCUCGCUGGGGCCGUCUGGGUGCACGAGAUGACAUCAUCCAGUUGCAAUGGCAAACUCCCGCUAGACCUAAUGGGAAUAUCACCCACUAUGUUAUACUGCGUGAUGGACAAGAGCGUUACCGUGGUGAUGAAAAUAGUUUCACUGAUGUUGGUGGCAUCAGGCCUUUUCAGGAAUACAUUUACCAGCUGAGAGUCUGUAACCGUGCUGGUUGCACUGACAGUUUACAGGUGGUGGCAGUGACGGUCCGAGGAGUCCCAGAGGACGUGAAGCCUCCAGUGGUAACAGCUGUAAGCUCCUCCUCUCUCCACGUGAGCUGGUCUGAGCCUGAACAUCCCAAUGGAGUCAUACAGCGGUACCACCUGAACCAGACUGGUGUCGGAACCAUAUUUACUCACACUGAUGGACCCAGAAAUUACACCCUGACUGGUUUGCAGCCAUACACAGAAUACAGUUUUGUGCUGGUCGCCUGUACAGCUGUUGGAUGUGGAGCCAGUUUACCAUCCACAGGGCGAACCCUGCAAGCCUCGCCUGCUGGUGUAUGGUCAACGCCCAGACACCUAAUAAUAAACACAUCUGCGGUGGAGCUGUACUGGGAUCAGCCAUCCCAGCCUAAUGGACACAUCUCCCAGUACAGACUGAACAGAGACGGUCACACUAUUUUUACCGGAGACCAACGUGACCGGAAUUACACCGACACUGGACUCCUGCCAAACCGCAGGUAUUUGUAUGAGCUGGAGGCUACCACAGGAGGUGGGACUGGUGUGAGUGACAAAUAUGUUAUAGAAACACCAGUCUCAUGCCCCACUGGGAUCCCACCUCCCCACAAUGUGACGGUGUCAGGCCCCUACUCCAUCUCUCUUUCCUGGUCCCCUCCUGUUCAACUAAACAGCAGCCAGGUUGUGAAGUAUAACAUCCUGUUGAAUCCAGGGAGUGACAGUGCUGUGAGGCGUCAUGCUGGGCAGGUCAUGAACCUCACUGUGACAGGUCUGGAGCCUUUCACCACUUACUACAUAAGAGUGCAGGCCUGUCAGAGAGAUGGAUGCGGGGUAGGAGAGGGUGUCACUGUUCGGACUUUAGAGACCACCCCAGAAGGUCUACUGCCCCCCACAGUAAACACUGUGGGUGCCAAUGUGUUGGAGAUCCACUGGUCACCCCCCAAAAAACCAAAUGGACUCAUCUUCUCCUACCAUAUAUACAGGCGUCCAUCCGGAACGGAGGAGGAGCUGCUGGUUUACAUCUGGUCCAGUGGGCCGCUUGAAUUUUUUGAUGCAAGCCCUGCCCUGCGACCUUUCAGCUACUUUCAGUACAGGAUUCGUGCCCACAACUCUAAAGGUUCAGUUUUGAGUCAGUGGACUUUAGCUCAGACCUUACAGGCAAAGCCACAAGAUAUGGCCCCUCCUAUUGUCACACCCUCUGGUGCCUACUCAGUCCACCUGAAAUGGAGCGAACCGGGACAGCCCAACGGUCUUAUUUCCCAUUAUAGGUUGGUUUACAAGAAACUGCAACAGGACCCAACGCUCAACUCAACCACUGUUACUGCUCUUACUGUAGAGGGUUCAGUCCUAGAAGCAACCAUUUAUGGUCUUGAGCCAUACAGUCAUUACAGUCUACAUGUGGAAGCUGUGAAUGGGGCAGGCGGUGUGUCCAGUCCCUGGGUGGACAUUAGGACCCUGGAGGCUUGUCCGGCCGGCCCUUCUAACUUCACAGUGGAGCACAGAGAGCAGGGCAGGGCAUUACUGCUCAGCUGGGAUCAGCCACAUACUCCAAAUGGAGUCAUCACGAUGUAUAACUUGUACAGCGAGGGGAACCUGGAGUUCAGCGGACUCUCACGCAGCUUCCUGUUUCGUCGUUUGGAUCCAUGGACCACAUAUACUCUGACUCUUGAAGCUUGUACAUCAGCAGGCUGUACACACAGCCCUCCUCAGUACAUCACCACAGCAGCAGCACCACCUACUUCCCAGCCUCUGCCAACACCUCUCUUCAUUGGCCCAGACCGCGUGUCACUUACCUGGGGCCCUCCCUCCCAACCCAAUGGCCCAGUUGGAGAGUAUUUGUUACGUGGGAGAAGUGUGGAGGAGGAGGUGAGGGCAAGGAGUAACGAAGAUGAUACUGAAGGAGGCAAAGUUCUUUUCAGAGAAACAUCUCCCCAACAAGCUGAAACUUUCUCCUACACUGUGACUAGUUUGCGUCCAUGGACACAGUAUGAGUUCAGUGUCUGUACUCAGAACCCAGCUGGACACACCUGCAGCCCCUGGUUACCUGUAACAACCAGACAAGCCCCUCCUCGUGGCCUGGCCCCUCCAACAGUGACUCAUCUCCAGGGCCAGCCUAGUGAGGUGGUCGUGUCCUGGACCCCUCCUCUGGAGCCUAAUGGGGUACUUCUGUCUUAUAGGAUUCAGAGGAACAAUAUCAGUUUCUUAUUCAGUUUUGACCCUACAGUCCUCAACUAUACAGAUGAAGACCUGCAGCCAUUUUCAACAUACAGCUACUCCAUCAUAGCCUGCACAUCUGAGGGAUGUGUCACCAGCCCUCAAACAACUAUCACAACUCUAGAGGCCCCACCUGCUGCAGUGGAAGCUCCAAGAGUGGACACCGUCACAUCCAACAGUAUAAGCAUUUCCUGGAGUAAACCAUUAAUGCAGAACGGAGAGGUGACAGAGUACGUGCUGAAACUGAACAGUGAAGGGGCUUAUCGUGGGAAAGACUUAAACACAGUGUUGUCAGAUCUGCAGCCACAUACGUCAUAUGAGCUGGUUCUGUUGGCUUGUACCAGUGGUGGGUGCACUGCCAGCAUCACAUUGUCCACUGUAACUGAUGAGGCUCCUCCUACUGGCCUGCAUGCCCCAACUCUUAAGGUUACUGGCCCAGAGUCGGUGGAGAUUAGCUGGAGUCUACCAGAGCACCCUAAUGGAAUCAUCACAGAGUAUGAACUCCGCAGAGAUGGUGAAGUUAUCUAUGUUGGCACAGAGACCCAUUACCACGACUUCACACUUCUGCCAAGUGUGGAAUACAGCUACGCUGUCAGGGCCAACAACAGCAGAGGCGCAGUGAGCAGCACAGUAGCCAGAGCAAAGACUCACCCAUCAGCUCCUUCUGGUGUGGGUCUCCCCACAUUGACACCUCUGGGAGCAAGCCAGGUGAGAGUGGAGUGGCAGACUCCAGCUCGUCCUAAUGGAGACAUUGUGAGUUACACUGUGUAUCAAAGAGAUCCAGUCCAACUAAGCAUCACCAGCACUGUGUUCACUCCAGAAGACAGAGCUUUCUCUGACAGACACACCACUCUGCAAGGGCUGGAUCCUUACCAUAGGUAUGAGGUGAGGCUGGAGGCUUGCACAGCACUUGGCUGCUCCUCCAGUGACUGGACAUCUAUACUCACGCUAGAGGCUCCCCCUGCUGGACAGACGGCGCCACUGUUGGACCUCCAACCUGACACGCACACCAGCCUCCACACCAGCUUUCUACUCACCUGGUCCCCUCCAGCUCAGCCAAAUGGUAAAAUCCUGCAUUAUGAGGUGUACCGCAGGCUGGACUCGACCACUGACACUCACAGACUUGAUGCAGCAACAGUUGUCUACAAGAAUGUCUCUACUACGUGCAAAGAUAACGGACUCCUGCCAUACACUGUAUACCAAUACCAGGUGUGGGCAGUGAAUUCGGCUGGUCGUUCUGCCAGUCCAUGGGUCACUGGGAGAACAGGAUCUGCUCCUCCUGAAGGUGUAGGCCCGCCCAUUUUUCUGCAUGUUUCAGCAACCUCAGCAGUGGUAAACAUCCGUCCUCCAGCCCGACCCAAUGGGAUUGUUAGUCUUUACAGAGUGUUCUCACUGGAACGCAACAACCACACUCUGCUCUCAGAGGGGACAUCCCAUCAGCAGACACUCCAUGGUUUACAUCCUUACACCCAGUACUGGGUAGGAGUAGAGGCCUGCACCUGUUAUCAGUGCUGCAGCCAGGGUCCGCUGAGUGAGCUUCGCACCCUGGCUGCCCCUCCAGCCCACCAGCCUCCUCCUCGCCCCGUCACCCUCACAUCUCGUUCUGUUCAGCUGGAAUGGGAUGAGCCCUUGGCCCCUAAUGGAGUCAUCGAGAGCUGUGAGCUACAUCUCAGGUCAUCCUGCCCGCAGCCCCCCCAGCCUGUACCUCUCCCCUGCUCUACGGAACCAGCAGAAAUCUGUUUCUUUGGCAAAAAGUGGAGCUACAAUGUUACAGGUCUCCGACCAUACUCCACCUAUGAGCUGAGAGCUGCCUGCUUCAAUAACAUGGGCAGCACCGCCUCCAACUGGACUACUGUUACCACCCUCAGUGAAGCCCCCCAGUAUGUGUCCUCCUUCUCAGUGGGCAGUAACCUGACAGUUAUUUGGCUGGACUGGACGGGGUCCUUCUCCCUCAAUGGAUACCUGAAGGAGUACAGUGUGACUGAGAGCCGGCUGAGGGUUUAUACUGGUUUCUACAGUUAUCUCCAUAUUCCACGCACUUCACAGAAAACUCUGUCAUUUCAGGUGACUUGCACCACAGACAGUGGCAGCGCCAGCACUCCGACCAUCAGAUACAGUCCAGCCACCGGCCUCGCUCCUCUUGAACCUGAAGACGGCGGUAAACAGGGAGUCAGCAUGUCAGCCACCCCGGUUUACUCUGAACUCUGGUUCAUUCUACUGUUAGCUCUGCUGGGUCUCUUUUUGUUAGCCAUACUGCUGGGCUUAGUGCUACAGAGAGCCUUGAGGAAGAAUCCAUCAACCAGAGAGCGCCCUCCACUGGUCAUGCUUCAGAAGACCAGAAAAGCAGGCGGCGACACAUACAUGAGGUCCUAUCCUGAGUUGUGCUCUAAACAUCACUCCGGCUCUGUGCUCCUACCCGAUCGCCCCACAGGUCUGACGGACACAAAGAUCGCCGGCAGCAGCUCACGUUUCAGCCCCAUUUCUGUCCUGAGGGUUCCCAGUCAGACGGACCUCUGCCAGGCCUACUCCCAGCAUUCCUUGCACCGCAGUGUCAGUCAGCUGAUCGACGGGAAGUCACUGAUGAUGGAGGAAGGAAGCUGGGACAACCCACUAGGACAUGAUUCUGGGCUGUAUGUGGAGGAAGAUGAGUUUGUGGAUGCCAUCAAGGCCUUAAGUUCUGGGAAAAAGGAGCACACCAUGUUCACUGACACUCAUCUUUAAGACAAGGUUCCAACACCUGUCAGGUACCACAGCUGCCAUCCAGAGUCCAGGUUCAAAGUGAGACAGUAAAACAUUCACAUACGCUCUUUAGAGGCAGGACUCCUAAACAUGAUUCAUAUCAGUUACUGUGCUAAUUUAGGAAGUCAUGGAAAAAUAUUUUAAAAGAAAUGAUGACAGAAAUGUUACUUAAAGAGUAAAUAUAACAUCAUACACAUAGAAUGCAAUAAUGUUUUCCACCAAGUGUAAAUUCAAAGUUAUAAAAGAAAACCACCCUCAACACCCUGAAGGAAAGAGAGUAAAGGCUGUUUUAUGAGAGAGCAUUCACCUUUAACUGUAUUUAAACAGGUUUUGUUUCAUUUUACACCACACUGUAUGACUCCUUGCCAAGCCUUAACUUGAGUAAAGGCAGGGAUCCAACAUCCGUGAAUGUAGUUCACAUAUAAACACAGUCGCUGCGAUUGUUUAGGUAGGGAGAUAAUCACGCAGUACACUGACUUCAUAGCUUGAAUGUAUCCAUAACUAGUGAUUAUACUGUGUGUUUUAUCAGACCUUGCUCAGAUUAAAAACCAGAACAGCCCUUAAAAAAACUUUCUCGUGAUAUUCUGCUUGUAUUAUGAUUCACUGUCUGUGCUUGCCAAUUGUUAGUAGUUUAGUUACUUUGAAAAGUGCAAAAUAGCAGGUUUACUUCACAGUAUCCAGAAUCAAACCAGUCUAGGAAGCAGUUCAUGUCAGUCACCUCUUCUGCAUCAACCAGUAACUGUGCCUAGUAAGCUUACACAUUAUCAGCAGCAAUAGUCCUGUAGUUGCAAUAACACACAUGGCCUUGAUGCUUGUUUUAUUAGAAAAAAAUGCCAACAGUUUGUGUUUUUUAAUGUGUUAAAUGUGGCUGGGAAUCACAGAUGUGCCGUCUGAUUGUUGUGAUUAUGUGAUGUAACUUGAAAGCCCAAUCUGAGAUUUUGUGUCACCAUAUCACCUGUGUAUGUUUACUGCAAUCUAAACAUGAAGGAAACCAGUGAUUAUGAAAUCGAGUUUUGUUCAGCCGUAGUGAAGCUACAUACUGCAUCUGGGCUUGAUUUCAUAGUUCAGUGUGUCCAGAGUCAGUGUUGUUUGUCUGUGGCGUAUCGUAAUUUCCAUCCAUCAGCUUAGGAAUGUUUUGUCCUUUUAGCAGAAACACAACAUUGAUUAUAUUUGGAUUCCACAGAUUGGGCCUAGCAACAGUAUUUAUCAGUGACAGAUGUUGACUUUCUGUAUAAUGUUGAUGGGUUUUUAAUGUUUUUGUGUACAAUAUUGAAGCCUACUGUAUUAUUACAAAAACCUUUUUUUUUUUUUUUUACACUGGCAGUAUUAUUUAUGGUCGUAAAAAAAUAUUAUUUAUAGAUGAUUCAUUGAUCAAUGUUUGUUUUUUCUGGGAAAUUAUAAAAAACUGUCCAAAAACA